AUGAUCGAGUCCUUCAUCAAGGCGACUCCAACUCUCCCUUGGCCUGAGCCAUCGCCCACCUCGUCGGUGGCGCCCAUUCCCACCGUCGUUCCCGGCAGUGAUCCUAUCUUCCAGGUGCUCCAUGACACUGGGAAACGGACACUAUGGGUGGUCACUGUGCUCAUGGGUAUCUCCUCUCUCGUGUUCUACGUUCUAGGUGCUCGGGUUCCUAUCAAUAAACGUGUGUUCCAUGUUAUUGUUGCUCUCGCCAGCACCAUCUCCUUUAUUGUCUACCUUGCUCUGGCGACUGGACAAGGCAUGGAUUGGAAGCUCGACAUCCUCAAGGAGCACAACAAGCACGUCCCCAACACCACGCAGGAAUACUACCGCCAGAUCCUCUGGCUCCGCUAUGUCCUCUGGUUCUUGACUGAGCCUUUGGGCCUUAUCAGCUUGUCGCUGCUUUCCGGUCUGCCCGGAGCUCACCUGCUCAUCGCCAUCGCGGCCGACUUUAUCAUGCUGGGCUCGGGUAUUCUGGGUACCUAUGCUGGCCAUUCCUCGCGCAGAUGGGUCUGGUUCACUAUCAGCGCAAUCGGCUAUCUGACGACGGUUUACCAUAUCAGUGUCCAUGGAAGCCGGGCAGCAAGCAACAAGGAUGUCCAGACCAAGCGGUUCUUCGGAACUCUAUCGGGUGUCAUGUUGUUUGUCAAGCUCCUAUACCCAGUUGCCCUCGCUGCGGGAGCUUUGGCUCUGAAGAUCAACGUUGAUGUCGAGACUAUCCUCUUCGCUAUCUACGAUAUCUUCUCGCAGGGUAUUCUCGGAUACUGGCUGCUUAUUGCACACGACGGCGCUCCUGGAAUUACCCUCAACGUUGACGGAUUCUGGUCCCACGGUCUGGGUAACGAGGGGGCCAUUCGCAUCAGCGAAGAGGACGGGGCAUAA